AUGGCUGCAGAGCAUUACUUGGGACAUGUAGUAUCCAGACAUGGGGUCCAGGUGGACGGUUCAAAGGUCACAGCUAUCAGGGAGUGGCCUGUGCCAACCUCGGUGAAGCAACUUCGUGCAUUAUUAGGCAUUGCUAGUUACUAUAGAAAGUUCAUCUGCCAGUUUGCUACCUUGGCUACGCCACUCACAGACUUACUGAAGAAGGACGCAUUCAUUUGGUCUGCGGCCACCAACGAUGCCUUCAUCAACCUUAAAUAUGCACUUACAACAACGCCGGUGCUGGCUCUACCGAAUUUCUCGGAACCCUUUGUGCUGGAAACUGAUGCUUCAGGGAUCGGACUUGGUGCAAUCCUCAGCUAA